GGGAGAAACUUCAUUCUUUGUGGUGUCUUCUUGCAAGACCUGUACCUGCUUUGGGCCAUUCAGGGGGGUGUACAAAGAUCCUGGAGCCUGAAGUAAGGACAGCAUCUCUGAUUAACCUUACAGCAAAGAUGUUGUACCUGGAAAGUAGUGCCCAGGCUCAGUAUAACGAGCCGCAGUAUACAAACUUGGGCCUGCUGAAUAGUAUGGAACAGCAGAUACAGAAUGGUUCUUCUUCUACCAGCCCUUAUGCCAACGAGCAUGCACAGAACAGUGUGACAACACCAUCUCCAUAUGCUCAGCCAAGCUCCACCUUUGAUGCCUUGUCUCCUUCUCCAGCCAUUCCUUCAAAUACUGAUUACCCAGGAUCUCACAGCUUUGAUGUCUCAUUUCAGCAGUCCAGCACGGCCAAGUCUGCUACGUGGACGUAUUCUACAGAUCUGAAGAAGCUCUACUGCCAAAUUGCCAAGACUUGUCCAAUUCAGAUCAAAGUGAUGACUCCACCGCCACAAGGAGCCGUUAUCAGGGCAAUGCCAGUCUACAAGAAGGCCGAACAUGUCACAGAAGUUGUAAAACGUUGCCCGAACCAUGAGCUCAGUCGAGAGUUUAAUGAGGGUCAAAUGGCACCUGCCAGUCACCUCAUAAGAGUGGAGGGACACAGCCAUGCACAGUAUGUGGAAGAUCCAAUUACUGGGAGACAGAGUGUUCUGGUGCCAUAUGAGCCUCCACAGGUUGGCACAGAAUUCACAACGAUAUUAUACAAUUUCAUGUGCAACAGCAGCUGUGUUGGGGGAAUGAAUCGUCGGCCAAUUCUGAUUAUUGUAACCCUGGAAACUAGAGAUGGUCAAGUACUUGGACGCAGGUGUUUCGAGGCUCGGAUUUGUGCCUGUCCAGGCAGAGACAGAAAAGCAGAUGAGGACAGUAUCCGGAAACAGCAAGGUUCAGACACCACUAAAAAUGGAGAAGGUAUGAAGCAAUCUUUUCGACAGACCACCCAUGGUAUUCAGAUGACGUCUGUAAAAAAACGGCGGUUACCAGAUGAUGAGGUGUUAUACCUACCUGUAAAAGGCCGGGAGAUAUAUGAAACGCUAUUAAAGAUUAAAGAGUCUCUGGAGCUCAUGCAGUACAUUCCACAACAUACCAUUGAGACCUACAGACAGCAGCAGCAGCAUUUACUGCAGAAACAGGACAGAAGCCUACAAAGCAACAUGCCUGGCUCCCGAAAUACAGGGAGGAGUGACAUCUUCUCCAGACAUCAAUGGCAAAAAAGAAUGCAGAACAGCCCCAACUACAUGGAACACAAUCUAAAGUAUUCUCCAAUAGAACAAGAUGUCAGAGACGAAAAUUACCUAAAUGAACGAUUAAUUGUUUGUCAACAGAACAUCCCUGUUUACACACAGUGUUUUCCAGCGACAAACAGUGAUUUUAUGCAAGACAUAAAUGAUGGAUCACUCGAUAAACAAGCUUUACAAGGAUCAUUACAAGGACAACCUUCUUUUGGCUCUGCCUCUCCUCCCCUCAGCAAGAUGAAUAAUAUGAACAAGCUACCUUCAGUUAGCCAGCUGAUGAAUCCACAGCAGAGAAAUUCCCUCACUCCAAAUGCCAUGACAGAUGGUAUGGGAUCUAACAUUCCCAUGAUAAGUGCACAUAUGCCAAUGGCGGGUGAUCUUAACGGACUAAGCCCACCACAAACACUGCCUCCUUCCCUAUCCAUGACAACCACAUCACACUGCACACCUCCUCCUCCAUAUCCAACAGACUGUAGCAUCUCCAGUUUUUUAGCGAGAUUGGGAUGUUCAUCCUGUCUGGACUAUUUCACUACCCAGGGCCUGAGCAGCAUCUAUCAGAUUGAGCACUACUCCAUGGAGGACUUGAUUAGCCUCAAGAUUCCAGAGCAGUUUCGCCAUGCAAUCUGGAAAGGUCUAGUAGAACAUAGGCAAAUCCAUGAGUACUCAUCGCCUCCUCAUUUGCUGCGGACAACAAGCAGUGCUUCUACCGUCAGCGUGGGAUCCAACGAAUCUCGCAGUGAAAGAGUUAUUGAUGCUGUGAGGUUCACACUGCGCCAGACCAUCUCCUUCCCACCCCGUGACGAUUGGAAUGACUUCAAUUUUGAUAUGGAUGCUCGCAGAAAUAAGCAGCAGCGCAUUAAGGAGGAGGGCGAAUGACUAACUUCUUGCUUUUCCUAGUAAUGUUGCCAUGCAGGGCCAAUAUUAUAUUUUCAACUUAUCUGUUUCCAUCACUCGCCAUUGUAUUUAUGUGUAUAUAUAUGUAUAGGGGAGAUGGUGGGGAGCAGUCGUAAGUUAGAGAUGAAGAUUUUAAGCUAAGUAUAUGUCUCCGUUGCCAUCAGUAACUUAUAUUCCAGCUAUGUAAAGCCCUGUGCAGAAAUGAAGCAUCACCCAACUGUAUGGAUAAUAAAUUUCAGUAUGAAUAAUUCAUUAUAACGAAGGGUGACAACAGAAAAUGUUGUCGAGAAGGAUCUGAUCACAUGUCAUGUAUCGGUUACACCAACUCCUACAAGGUCAAUGCUAUUUAUCCCUAAGACUACAUUUCAUUUCACUGUAAAAGUGGUGGCCAUAUCUUUCUUUUGCCCUAUUUUGUACUGAACUCAAUACAAUGUUACUGUGUUCAUUUCUUCCAGUAUUUCUUCACUGUGUCUUUACAAGACUACACCCAAUAGAUAUACACCCAGCAAUUAUCUGCUCUAUAACUGUAAUGUCUGGGUAGUUGAAAGAAAGAAGCUCCCUGUGCCAGCUUGUGUAGGCUCUGCCAAUACUGAUUUUCAGACAUGGAAUUAUUUAGAUGCCCACGCCAGUUCACGUGGAUGAUGUUGCACUUAUUAAAUCGUUGUCGUUCCUUUGAUCAGGAUUCAAGCAUUUCUUUUGGUUUGCCCAUGAGGACCAUUUAGCAGAACCAAUGGAAGCUUUGCAUUUGUUACAGUGGAUGAUUGAGUUAUAUCAAUGAGGAUGAUCUACUGGAAUGAGUCAAACGUGCUUUAGCUCUUAGCAGCCAAUCAGGAAUUAGCUUUGUGCAUAGGCUUCUUCACCCCAAGAGUGUUUACAUUUCAUUAUACUGCUGUAUAUUUCAUAGCCCAGAUAGUCUGAUCUUAGUAGACUUGAUGUACAGUAUAGUAGUAUCCUACAUCUGUAUAAGCACUUGGUUUUCUUCUCACUAGCUGUUUCGGAUAUGUGUCCUGACCAGUCCAUUGGCAAAAUCUUGUACAGGUGAGUCUUAUGUAUAAAAACUGUCUCAGGCGGCAACUUUUCUCCUUUAAGACAGCUUUGAUACAUAAGACCCAAUGUAUUUCCCUGAAUUACCUUAGACAACGGUACCGUUUGUUGUAGUCUUAUUAUUUUGGAUGAUUUGUGUUAAUUUAGGCUAGAUGAUUAAUAUAUGAAAGAGCAGCAUUACUUGCAUUGUGAGUGUAAGCUACAGAGUCUAAAGUGGAUCUAUCAUCAAAAAAUUGUCUAAGAGCCACUAAGUGGAAAUGUAUUGGACGCAUAGUUAUAAGGCCCAGUAUUCAUGACAUUUUGUACAUCCUACUCAUGCCAAUAUAUGGUCAGGCACUUAGGGGGGGAUUUUUGACUUAGAAGAGUCACAAAUCCACCAGAUUAACAACUUUCCAAUGCAUGAGUGACUUUUCUACUCACAGUCUGCAUUUUACUCCGCCCUCACUAAGUCUACGAAAAGGGGCAUGGCAAGGGCAGAGUGAGGGUGUUGCGAGAAAUUGGCGUAAAAAAUGAAAAUGAAUGAAAUGUACAGCAGGUCUGAGCUGCCAUAGAUUUCAUUCUGCCGCAGGGAGAGCCAGAUAAGGCAGGUCAUUUAUGAUGCCUCAUUGGGCAGCACAUGCCAGCCUUGAUAAAUCAGGGCCUUUGUUUUUUCCAAUUACUGUCCUAUACUGUGCUACUGAAGUUAGAAUAUAACAAACAUAAUUUCUCAUAGACCACCUAGGCCAAAUCUUUACUGUAAACUGACAGGUAUCAUUGUGCUACUGCCUUAUUAUAGCACUGAUAGGUCAUAUAUUAUAAGCAUAUUGUAUAUUUCUGUUUUCAUAAAUUGUUUUUCUAAUUUUUGUAUUUUUGGGAUAACAGGACUUCCGAAUAAGAUUUAUUUUAUUAAUAUAAGGGCUUUUAGUUGUAAACUCUCAUUUUCAAUUGUUUAUUUCCUAAACUGUUUGUACAUAUUCAACUUUAGAGUCCUAUAUUUCAACUAUAUUGGAACUAUCGGAUAGCAUAGAAUAAGCUGUUCAUGAUUCAAAGGGGAAGUCUUGGUUGUUCUCAUUGUAAUUUGUACAUCUGCUUCCUCAAUGCCAGCUACUGCGUGAAGUAACUGGCGAAGACUCUGACGUUCAAUGUUGAUAGCACUGGAUUUUGAUGUCAUUUACUAUAAAACAUAAAAUUUCAAAAAAAAAAAUGCUUCCAAGCUUAAAAAAACGGAUGUUUUUUAUUGUAAAUAUUUUGUAUAAUUUCAAAUUCAGUUAUCUAAAUGUGUUUGAUUUAUUUCUAAAUAAAACAAAAUUAAUGGUU